AUGCUUGGAAUGCUGAAACGCAAUCACGCGCAGCAUGCAAAGCAAAAGCACGUUACCAGUUCCACUUAUAUGCGCCGCCGAGCUGAAGCCAUUUUGAAGUUGCUUUCUGGUGGGGACUCUUCUGAAGUGAGGAUCCGCCAACUCCUCGGCGACAGUCCUGACACCAGCAAAGCUCUCCGAAUGCUGCUGAGGCUGCAAGCGGUGAAAAGAUCGGGCUCAGGUGGGCGCCAUGACCCCUAUAUUUACAAGAUAGCUGAAUAAGGUUGUCACAAACAGCUAGACAGUAGCGGCUUAUAUAUAUGUAGGUACCCA